UUGCGCAAUCCACACUCUCAGUCUCAGGUUUACUCUGCGUUAUCUGUAUUUAAACCGGAAGGGCUUCUUGGAGAUGCGCAGGCUCUCAUCAACCGAGGUGGCCUUUUCUUCUCUGGCUGCCCUCAGCCGUCUUUUGCCGUUUUGUUUGCUUACUCCGACAAUGAUGCGGGGUGUAUUUGGCAGCUCAAGAUACAUCCUGCUCCUAUUCGUUCCUCACAGAUCCGAUUUUAUGUACCCUUUGUCCCUUUCUAUUGGGUACUAUUCGCCUACCUUGAUGAUGUUAUUAUGAUGCAUAUACUGAUUCUUAUGUGCUAUUUGUCGACUGCACCUAAACUGCUUGAUGAAAUGCUUCCUAUGGAACACUGUGUGAUAUUUGUGGACUUGCACCUAAACUGCUUGAUGAAAUGCUUCCUAGGGAACAUUAUUUGCUAUUUGUCAAUACAUGUAGGUGACAGCUACAUGUAAAUUGUUUCAGAGAGAUUGUCUCCAUCUGGCGGACAAAGUCUAAUGUGAUCCAUGGAGGCUUGUUUUUCCAGUUGAUGCAGUGGUGGUGAAAACAUUCUAGGCAAAAUUGAGCAGGUCAGUGUGAGCACAAUAUUUUCUCUCUGAAAGACAAGAGUGAUGCCAUCGAUUACAUGUGAUAAGGUUGUGCUAGAUAAUUUAUAUGGAAAAAUAGCUGAGUCUGUUGUGACGAUUAAAAGAUACAACGAAACUGGGUUUGUGGACUUUGGCACUGGGUUUAUUAUAUAUUCUACAAGGUCUCAAGUGCUAGUUUGUACAGAUCACACAUUACUUAAAGAGGGAGAAGACAUUUAUGUAUAUUACAGUGAUGGUACUUCUCGUCAAGCAACUGAAUUAAUUAAACACACAAGAUGUGGACAUGCAAUUUUAUUAGUAUCUGUAGAAAAUGGCGAACGCCGCCGGUAUGCGGUCUCAUUCAGUGAAGCACAGGCUAAAAGAGAAGAGAUUUGCACGAUUGCACGGGUUAAACAUGAUGGAGAACCUGGAUUUAUGUCUGGCAUUGUAGUAGCCCCGAGCGGAAAAAUAAUGCUGCAAUCAGGAGCAGUUAUUUCUAGGCAUGAGAACAAGUUUGCUCUCACUUGUCCACAUGGAAGACACGGAGAUGUGGGUGUGACAAGAAAUUUAAUUGGUGCCGCUGUAUUUACAUUAAGUGGUUUGUUUGUGGGGACAAUUUAUUCUGAUAGUAAUUGCUAUGGUUUGAAAUUCGCCAGACACUCGUCUUUUUUCCUAGAUGAGCUCCUACACAUGAUUCAGGAUGAACUCAAAAAGGUUUCACUUUCAAGAGGUGCAACUCCCCUUUUAAAGGGUUCAAAGCCUGUGCAUGUUGGUAGUAAAAGUAAAAGGUCCCAUGAAGAUCAGACCAACAUUGCUAUAGAAAAGCAUGUUAAAUAUGCAGCCAAAAGACAGAGAAUAGAAGAUUGGUGUGAGGGCUUGCCAUGGUAAAAAUCACAGGUGGGGAUGCCAUGUCUGCAGGAGACGAGGGUAAUGCGGUGGAGCAAUGCACCAAUGAUCAGUUGAGGGCAUCCAUGGAGGAUAAUGCUGCAGAAUUCCAAGAGUUGGUGGAGCAAGAAGGUGCCACUUUUGAAAAGGGUAUGACUGCUGGUGGCGUUACUGAUCAAGAAAGGAAGCGGAACAAUCUGCAGGUGACAAAUCAAGCGUAACCGAGGGUGAGAAUGCUGUGGAAGAUAACAAGAAGGUGGAUCACGAAGAUGCCAUUAACAGACAAAGCUAGGGAAGACAGUGGUGUGGUGCCACAAGAGGAAAACAUAGUGGAUCCAGAUCAAGGUGUGGAUGAACUUUCUGUACUAGAUGAGGGUAAUGUGGUGGGACAAUGCACCAGUGAUCACUGAGAACAACCAUGGAAGAUAAUGCUUCAGAAUUGCAAGAGGUGGUGGAGCAAGAAGGUGCCAUUUUUGAAAAGGGUGUAACAGCCUCAGAUGGCAUUACUGUUGAAGAUCAAGACAAGGAAAUGGUACAAUCUGCAGGUGACGAAUAAAGAGUGACCAACGGUGAGAAUUCUGUGGAAGUCAAAAAGGUGUAUCAAGAAGAUGUCAUUGACAAACAAGGUGCAGCUUAGGAUGGCAGUGGUGUGGAGUCACAAGAGGAGAACAUGGUGGUUCCAGACCAGGGUAUGGAUGGCUUUUCUGUACUAGAUGAGGUAAUGUGGAACCACGGUGCACCAGUGAUCAACUGAGAACAGCCAUAGAUAAUAAUGCUGCAGUUGAUCCAGAGGUGGUGGAGCAA